AUGGCUUCCCUGGCGCAACUCAUCCUUCGCUCGUUCCAGUUCCUCUGGACCCUGCUGACCAGUGCUUUGAUCGGUAACGUUCUGGCUAUGAUAUAUUCGACCAGCCCGGCAAGCGUCAACUAUUGCAUGUUCGUUUCAGCGUUCUCUUACAUCCUCGUGUUGUACGGUUUUGCGGCUGCCAUCAUAGAAAGCAUAGCUAUACCAGUCGUCCUCAUUGUCGCCGAUACCUUGGGAACGAUCUUCUCAAUGGUGGCCGGUAUUGUGUUGGCCGCCAGGCUGCGCUGCCAUAGCUGCAGCAACCACGAUUACCUUCGGAGCACCAGCGUAACAAUCAACACACACCACCCCGAGAAGCAAUGCCGUCAGUUGCAAGCCUCCACGGCUUUCUUCUGGUUCCUGUUUGCCUGUUUCGCUGGAUCCCUAAUUCUCGACAUCAUGGGCGCUGGUCGGUCUAUGUCGACCAGAAGGGCCGGCGUCCGCAAACCUGGGCCAGCCAUGGCCCAGGUUUAA